AUGGCUGUGAUUAGAGCAGCGAGACCUUCCUUUAAAAACAGCCACGACAAGAUCGCUUUCGCUGUUCACGCUUUUUUCCUCGCCAACGGCUACGCUCUCACCGCCACUGGUCCUGCCGCCUUCUCCGAGUCUGCCGCCCUCUCCGCUCCGUCAACUAACGAGGUAGGGACUGAAAAUUGGAAUGAGGUAGAUGGAGAGUACGCAUUCGUGUUUUUAAACCCUGAUAAAGGAGGAAAGAGGGUGGUACUGAAGUGUUUGGUUAUGAAUGGGAAAUUGGCGGUUAGUGCCAUUACUGAUGGGGUUUCAGAGCCGGUCAAUCUGGAAAUCGAUGUUGGGGAUUAUGUUGGGGAGAAUGGAGCUACUAAUUACUCGGAGCAAUAUAAGAAUUUGGACAAGCUUGUUAAGAAAAUGGACGAAGAGAUUUUGUCUAAAUUGGAUGGUCCUUCUACUUCUUCAAAAGCUAGUUUGUCAAGUAACAGCUGUCUAGAAUCAAGAUAUGCAUUGAGGCAGAAUAAUGAACCUGGUGUUGGAUUCUAUGAACCUACCAGCCCCCAAAUUCCUCCUUCAGGAUUUGUAGUUCCCCCAGUUCCUGGUAAUCCAAUGAGUGAUCUUUAUCCUGGGCCUGGAGCUGGAAUGUAUCCGACAGGGCCUAGGAGAGGUGGGGGCAUGCUUAUAGGGCCCGAUGAUCCUAGCUGGUCUGGUUUAUUUGGUGGUGACCCUGGUUUCCCUGGAGGACAACCGAACAUUCCUCCAGGUGCUCGUUUUGAUCCCUUUGGGCCUCCUGGGGUACCUGGUUUUGAGCCUAACCGAUUUACCAGAUUCCCACGAAGGCCUGGGAGCAAUACUCAUCCUGACCUCGAGCCGAUGGGGAGGGAUCCCGAUUUCAUCUAG